CAUAAGAGUAGCGACGCUUUGCCCCACAAGCGAAACGGUGAACAAGAAAAAACUACUCUUAAGUAGGCCAAAAUCAAUGUUGUACGGGACAAUGUAAGAGUAUGAGUCAUAUGUUGCUACAUUUAUAAAACAAAACAAAGAACAACAACAUCCCGUCCUAGUCGGAGUAAAUUUAAGCACUUCAAUACCACAUCGCUUCCAACCCAGGACUGAAAAAAAGACUUUCCACCCAAAACUAACAAGAAGAGCUGGGAGGAUCAUCUCGUCUCUGGAGCUGUCCCCAGAUGGUGUCCCUGGCUCUCGAUCGGGAGAUGGAAGCAGACUGGUCCGCUGAGGAGCCCAAGCUGUCCCUGGUGAAGCCAGAGGACCCUGCUGAACCCGAGGCCUCCUCUGGGCCUGCAGAAAGGGACCUUUCCCCCCAGAUGGAGAAUCACCAGACGCCGGGCCUGGGUGGACGAGAGGAGCAGUGUAGGGAAGGGGAGGAUGAGAUGGGGAGCCAACGUGAAGCAGGAGAAAGUCACACACUUGAAAACUAUUCAGACCGAGAGAACUGGAGAGUCGGAGGACGUGCGGAUGGGAAGAAACUUCGGAAAACAAACAGCUGGAAAACGGUCCGAUUCCAGGACCCGUCCCAGACAGAUGUGGUGUUGGAGAGGGACAGUUCUGGAGAAAGUCUUUUUCCAGAUUAUGUGCUGGAGGAAUGGAAGUUUGAGGAAUUGUUCAAGGCAAAAGAUUGGCAGAAUAUUACAGAUGACUGCCUACUGAGGAAGAAGGUCCUACAACCUGGGCCCCCACAUGCCCCACGCCCCACCUGGGGCCAAGAAGUGACCGUCAAACUGCAGGGCUUCCUGGAGGACCGCAGUGUUGUGGAGAAGGACAGAAAGCUGGUGUUCGUCAUAGGAGAGGCGGAUGUCAUUCAGGGCCUGGAAGAGUGUGUUAUAACCAUGCAGAGGGACGAGAUCACGUUACUACUGGCUGGUUCACAGUAUGCCUACGGACUUCUGGGAAGGGAGCCUGAUAUCCCCUCCUUGGCGCCCCUCCUGUACCAGCUGCAGGUGGAGGGGGUCCAGGAGAAGCGAGACCCCCUGAGCCUGCCCAUACCGGACCGCAUCCGCAUCGGCAACCAGAAGCGGGAGCGGGGGAACUUCCACUUCACGCGGGAGGAGUACCACAUGGCCGCCAGGGCCUACCUGAUGGCCCUGGACGUGCUCACCACCAGCGCCAGAGACCCCAGCGAGGACGGCCUGGUGGAGGUGGAGGAGGAGGAGGUGCACGCCUACCGGGUGAAGUGCCUCAACAACCUGGCCGCCACUCAGCUGAGGCUGCAGCAGCACAGCGAGGCCCUCCACACCAGCCGCGACGUGCUCUGCCUGGAGCCCAACAACGUCAAGGCCCUGUUCCGCACCGGGAAGCUGCUUUCUGAUCAGGGGCAGUACCAAGAGGCGAUGGACUUGCUGAAGAAGGCCUUGAAGCUGGAGCCUGCCACCAAGGCCAUCCAUUUUGAGUUGUCUAAGCUGGUCCAAAGGCAGGCCGGUGACAGACCGAUCGGUGAAGUGAGGACUAAAGCCAUGCAGCUUCUCGGAGAGAACGUCAGGCCGUUCCUCAUCCCGUCGGCGAAGAAACCGCCUGGUGUCUCAUGGAAGCUGCUACUUGGAGCGCUGGUGGUGGCCUUGGGCAGUCUAGUGACCUCCAUCGUUCUGACGGCAAGGAACUGACGCCGUCUGUAGAGCUGAAGCGAAGCCCGACAACCGUCCAGCCCAUGAAUACACUGUAGAUCGACAGCCAUUGUCUGUGACUGGGAAGAAGGUGUGCAGACCCGGGGCACUGGGUAAGGGGCCACUGGGUUAGGGCCUGGGGACGGAGCCAUGGCCGGAACAGGAUCGUUUGUGUAGAAGAGGAAUAGCAUAAGGGCCACUGGGCUGUUUUUAAGUGGCUGGGGGACAAUUUACAAUUGGGGGACACUAAUUAACCAUCAACAUUAGUUAAUACAGUAAUAAGCAUUAACCAAGUUAACUUCUGGUCUAGAAAUCAUUUACCAAUGGUGUUCAUUUAUAUAUUAUUUUAUAGGGUUGAAAAGGGUUAGCAUGAAGAUUACAUUAGGAAUAAAUUAUUACUAGUAAAGAUGAUCACCAUUAGUAAAUGAUGACACCAUUAACUAACUUAACUUUUAGUUUAUGUAAGAUCAAAGGUAUUGCUCCUAUUACUGUGUUAAUUAAUGUUGAUUAUUGCACCAUAAACGUGUUAUCAAGGGUUGUGACUAUAACUUGAAACAUUUUUACUCAAACAUUCUUUUCCAGUAUUGUUCUUUAAUAGGUUCUGGUGACAGACAGCAGUAUGCCUAACAUUGCAUUGCGUUCCAACUGAAAAUGAAAGUGUUAUAUCUGUAAAUAUUACAGUCAUGUUAAUGAGCUCAUAAAGCAGAAGAGUUAUUUAUAAUGUAGAUCCAUGUUUUUUUAAGCGCUAACUAUAAACAGCUGAAUUAAAUGAAUCUAUCCCCCGGCAUUGCAUUGUAGCUGACAUGAUGCCAAAGAUCAUCCUUCUGCCUGGACACGUGUAACAUCCAUGCCCUAAAACACUGUCAAUACAAAAUAAAUUAGCUCAAUAUGCUUAAUAAAAACCGAAAGAAAACAUG